AUGCCAUUCUUUAUCCUUUUGUCUGAGUCUACUACCUUUUCUAUUAUAUACUUGAUUCGUUGUAACAAUAAUAGUAUAAGCGACGAUGAUGCUACUUAUAAUACUACAACUACUACUACUACUACUAGUAGUAGUAGUAGUAGUAGUAUUAGUCGUAAUCGUAGUUGUAGUAGUGGUAGUAGUAGUAGUAGUAGUAGUAGUAGUAGUAGUAGUAGUAGUAGUAGUAGUAGUAGUAGUAGUAGUAGUAGUAGUAGUAGUAGUAGUAGUAGUAGUAGUAGUAGUAGUAGUAGUAGUAGUAGUAGUAGUAGUAGUAGUGUAGUGAACGAGAACACAG